AUGGCUCAUCAUGCAGAGUAUCCAUUCCAGGACGAGUACGGGAACUACUACCGGACCGCCGACGGAGAGGCGGAUCUCUUUCCGACCAAGGUCCAGCAGCGACCAACGAACGGGAUCGCCAUCUCGAACAGCUACCAGACCUGGGGCUGCUUGCAGGGCGAUUAUGUGAGUGAGAUGUACGCACCCGUGCACGGCAUGCAGGCGUACGAUGUGUGGUCUUCGGGCUACUCGAGCAGUUCCACUUGCUCGUCGAUCAGUCCGUAUCCAGCCGUGGUGAUGACUCCAACCAGAAGAAAGAAGCCGACGAUUUUGGAUUCGGACGUUCCGAGGGUGUCGUUCGCGUCUCUGGGCAUGCACAGAGACAAUAUUGACACCGAGAAGCUCUCCAACUUUCUUCUGAACGAGAUGACCGUCUGCGGCAUCAACCAAUCGACCUUUGCGGCCAAGAUCCUCGGCCGAAGCCAGGGAACCCUCUCGGAGCUGCUGAGACGUCCGAAGAAGUGGGACAUGAUCAAGAAUACCGGAAGAGUACCGUACCAAAAAAUGUUCGACUGGCUCUGCCUGGAUGACAACGAGAGAAUGCGAGCCCUGGAGGGACCGGACGUCAAGGGAAAGAGGUGAGUAAUUGAUGAUCCACUUGGGGACCUCUUGCAAUGGAAAUUGGUUCAGAAAACCGCACAAGGAGCACACGCCACGUGUCGUGUUCACGGAUAUCCAGCGGAAAACUUUGAAAACCAUCUUCGAGUCGUGCCAUGCUCCGGAGCCAGAGUACCUGCAGCAGAUUGGCGAGCAUCUGAGACUGAAGCCGCACACCGUCAACAACUUUUUCACGAAUGCGCGUCGUCGUCUGAUCGACGGUCCCUUUCCUAUCUCUCAACAUGGAUAGAGAAGAGAUCGACACGGAAAAGUUGUCAGAGUUUCUGCUGGCGGAGAUGCACGCUCUGGCCAUCAGCCAGAACAACUUUGCGGCCAAAGUGCUCGGCAAAAGCCAGGGCACUUUCUCGGAGCUGGUGAAGAGGCCGAAGAAGUGGUGUCAGAUCAAGAACACCGGCCGGGAGACGUACAAGAAGAUGUUCGAUUGGUUGUGUUUGGGACAUGAGGAGAGGAUGCAGGCGUUGGAGGGACCGGUGGUCAAGAAGAAGAAGAAGAGGUGAGUCUGGAAUCUUCUGGGAAAAGACUUGAACAACUAAAUCAUUGUUCUUUCAGAGAGUCGAAAGAGCACCGGCCGCGCAUCGUCUUCUCGGACCAACAGAGGAGCAGGCUGAUGGCGAUCUUCCAAGAGAACAAGCAUCCGUCGCCUAUGGCCGUGAUGAAGAUCGCCAAUGAUCUCGGCCUUCCCGUCUACACGGUCGACAUCUUCUUCACGAAUACUCGACGCCGUUUCCGAGAGAACAAGGAGAACAUUGAAAACUGA